AUGGCAAUUUCGGUUGCUGUGUACCUGCUCAGCGGCGAGAGGGCUUCUCUUGAGACACAGGAGGAUGCAUCUGUGGAGGCAUUGAGCCGAACAGCCCAGAGCACGCUGGGUGUUGGCAAAGGGCGGCUGUUAAGUGCUGACGGUCGCAUGCUGGAUGCAGCGCUGACAGUUAAGGAGGCAAGGAUACAGAACGGUGAUGAGCUAUGCCUGCAAAUACGGCUGCCACAAGUCACAGCGUCGAUGUUCACAAUGCAUAGAGACCACGGCGGUGCCUUUGCCGCGAUCCUCGGUGAUGGAUCUGUUGUGACCUGGGGCGGCACGGAUUUUGGUGGCGACAGCAGCUCAGUGCAAGCUCAGCUGAAGGGCGUGCAGCACAUCCAAGCUUCUCAACAUGCUUUUGCCGCAGUCCUGCAUGACGGAUCUGUCGUGACCUGGGGCGCUGCUGAUUCUGGUGGUGACAGUAAGUCCGUGCAAGCUCAGCUGAAGGGCGUGCAGCACAUCCAAUCUUCUCAACAAGCUUUUGCUGCAAUCCUGCGUGACGGCUCCGUCGUGACUUGGGGCAGCGCGGACUUCGGUGGCGACAGCAAGUCUGUGCAAGCUCAACUGACGGGCGUGCAGCACGUCCAUGCUUCUGCAGGAGCUUUUGCGGCAAUCCUUGGUGAUGGAUCUGUUGUGACUUGGGGUGAUCCCAUUUGUGGUGGCGACAGCAGCUCAGUGCAAGCUCAGCUGAAGGGAGUCCAACACAUCCAAGAUUCUCCGCGCGCUUUUGCCGCAAUCCUCCGUGAUGGAUCUGUCGUAACCUGGGGCGAGCCCUUUUACGGUGGCGAUAGCAGCAGGGUGCAAGCGCAACUGAAGGGCGUUCAGAGCAUCCAAGCUUCUGCAGGAGCUUUUGCCGCAAUCCUGUACCACGGCUCCGUGGUGACCUGGGGUCAGGCCGGCUUAGGUGGUGACAGCAGCUCCGUGCAAACUCAGCUGAAGAGCGUGCAGCACAUCCAGGCUGCCGCAACUGCUUUUGCUGCCAUCCUCGCUGAUGGAACUGUCGUGACCUGGGGCCCUGCUGACUUUGGCGGCGACAGCAGUUCAGUGCAAGCUCAGCUGAGGGGCGUGCGGGACGUCCAAGCUUCAGUGGCAGCUUUUGCUGCACUCCUCGGGGAUGCAUCUGUCGUGACAUGGGGCAACGCUGCUGCGGGUGGCGACAGCAGCUCAGUGCAAGCUCAGCUGAAGGGCGUGCGGCACAUCCAAGCUUCUCAACAUGCUUUUGCCGCAGUCCUGCAUGACGGAUCUGUCGUGACCUGGGGCGCUGCUGAUUCUGGCGGCGACAGUGGCGACUGCGAGUCCGUGCAAGAUCAGUUGAAGGGCGUGCAGCAAAUCCAGGCUUCUCGACGCGCCUUUGCCGCAAUCCUGGACGACGGAUCUGUCGUGGCCUGGGGCCACGCUGAUUUUGGUGGCGUCAGGUAA